AUGCACAAACUAAAGCUGACUAUCUGUGUUCAUGCAGUGAAGCCAGGUGCUGGCCAGGGAAGCGGCUAUGGCCUGGGAAGCGGCUAUGGCCAGGGUGCAGGAGCUGGACAGGGAAGUGGCGCAGGAGUUGGACAGGGAAGCGGCUAUGGCCAGGGUGCUGGAGCAGGACAGGGAAGCGGCUAUGGCCAGGGCGCUGGAGCAGGACAGGGAAGCGGCUAUGGCCAGGGCGCUGGAGCAGGACAGGGAAGCGGCUAUGGCCAGGGCGCUGGAGCAGGACAGGGAAGCGGCUAUGGCCAGGGCGCUGGAGCAGGACAGGGAAGCGGCUAUGGCCAGGGCGCAGGAGCUGGACAGGGAAGCGGCUAUGGCCAGGGCGCAGGAGCUGGACAGGGAAGCGGCUAUGGCCAGGGCGCAGGAGCUGGACAGGGAAGCGGCUAUGGCCAGGGCGCAGGAGCUGGACAGGGAAGCGGCGCUGGAGCAGGACAGGGAAGCGGCGCUGGAGCAGGACAGGGAAGCGGCUAUGGCCAGGGCGCUGGAGCAGGACAGGGAAGCGGCUAUGGCCAGGGCGCAGGAGCAGGACAGGGAAGCGGCGCAGGAGCAGGACAGGGAAGCGGCGCAGGAGCAGGACAGGGAAGCGGCGCAGGAGCAGGACAGGGAAGCGGCGCAGGAGCAGGACAGGGAAGCGGCGCAGGAGCAGGACAGGGAAGCGGCGCAGGAGCAGGACAGGGAAGCGGCGCAGGAGCAGGACAGGGAAGCGGCGCAGGAGCAGGACAGGGAAGCGGCGCAGGAGCAGGACAGGGAAGCGGCGCAGGAGCAGGACAGGGAAGCGGCGCAGGAGCAGGACAGGGAAGCGGCGCAGGAGCAGGACAGGGAAGCGGCGCAGGAGCAGGACAGGGAAGCGGCGCAGGAGCAGGACAGGGAAGCGGCGCAGGAGCAGGACAGGGAAGCGGCGCAGGAGCAGGACAGGGAAGCGGCUAUGGCCAGGGCACAGGAGCAGGACAGGGAAGCGGCGCUGGAGCAGGACAGGGAAGCGGCGCUGGAGCAGGACAGGGAAGCGGCGCUGGAGCAGGAGCAGGACAGGGAAGCGGCGCUGGCCAGGGCGCUGGAGCAGGACAGGGAAGCGGCGCUGGCCAGGGCGCUGGAGCAGGACAGGGAAGCGGCUAUGGCCAGGGCGCUGGAGCAGGACAGGGAAGCGGCGCUGGAGCAGGACAGGGAAGCGGCGCUGGAGCAGGACAGGGAAGCGGCGCUGGAGCAGGACAGGGAAGCGGCGCUGGAGCAGGAGCAGGACAGGGAAGCGGCGCUGGCCAGGGCGCUGGAGCAGGACAGGGAAGCGGCGCUGGCCAGGGCGCUGGAGCAGGACAGGGAAGCGGCUAUGGCCAGGGCGCUGGAGCAGGACAGGGAAGCGGCGCUGGAGCAGGACAGGGAAGCGGCGCUGGAGCAGGACAGGGAAGCGGCGCUGGAGCAGGAGCAGGACAGGGAAGCGGCGCUGGAGCAGGAGCAGGACAGGGAAGCGGCGCUGGAGCAGGAGCAGGACAGGGAAGCGGCGCUGGAGCAGGAGCAGGACAGGGAAGCGGCGCUGGAGCAGGAGCAGGACAGGGAAGCGGCGCUGGAGCAGGAGCAGGACAGGGAAGCGGCGCUGGCCAGGGCGCUGGAGCAGGAGCCGGACAGGGAAGCGGCGCUGGAGCAGGAGCAGGACAGGGAAGCGGCGCUGGAGCAGGAGCAGGACAGGGAAGCGGCGCUGGAGCAGGAGCAGGACAGGGAAGCGGCGCUGGAGCAGGAGCAGGACAGGGAAGCGGCGCUGGAGCAGGAGCAGGACAGGGAAGCGGCGCUGGAGCAGGAGCAGGACAGGGAAGCGGCGCUGGAGCAGGAGCAGGACAGGGAAGCGGCGCUGGCCAGGGCUCUGGAGCCGGACAGGGAAGCGGCGCUGGCCAGGGCUCUGGAGCCGGACAGGGAAGCGGCGCUGGCCAGGGCUCUGGAGCCGGACAGGGAAGCGGCGCUGGGGCAGGAGCCGGACAGGGAAGCGGCGAUGGGGCAGGAGCCGGACAGGGAAGCGGCGCUGGCCAGGGUGCUGGAACAGGAGCAGGACAGGGAAGUGGCGCUGGAGCAGGAGCCGGACAGGGAAGUGGCGCUGGAGCAGGACAUGGAAGCGGCUAUGGCCAGGGCGCAGGAGCAGGACAGGGAAGCGGCGCUGGAGCAGGACAGGGAAGCGGCUAUGGCCAGGGCGCUGGAGCAGGACAGGGAAGCGGCGCUGGAGCAGGACAGGGAAGCGGCGCUGGAGCAGGACAGGGAAGCGGCGCUGGAGCAGGACAGGGAAGCGGCUAUGGCCAGGGCGCUGGAGCAGGACAGGGCAGCGGCGCUGGAGCAGGACAGGGCAGCGGCGCUGGAGCAGGACAGGGCAGCGGCGCUGGAGCAGGACAGGGCAGCGGCGCUGGAGCAGGACAGGGCAGCGGCGCUGGAGCAGGACAGGGAAGCGGCUAUGGCCAGGGCGCUGGAGCAGGACAGGGCAGCGGCGCUGGAGCAGGACAGGGCAGCGGCGCUGGAGCAGGACAGGGCAGCGGCGCUGGAGCAGGACAGGGCAGCGGCACUGGAGCAGGACAGGGCAGCGGCGCUGGAGCAGGACAGGGAAGCGGCUAUGGCCAGGGCGCUGGAGCAGGACAGGGAAGCGGCGCUGGAGCAGGACAGGGAAGCGGCGCUGGAGCAGGACAGGGAAGCGGCUAUGGCCAGGGCGCUGGAGCAGGACAGGGAAGCGGCGCUGGAGCAGGACAGGGAAGCGGCGCUGGAGCAGGACAGGGAAGCGGCUAUGGCCAGGGCGCUGGAGCAGGACAGGGAAGCGGCGCUGGAGCAGGACAGGGAAGCGGCUAUGGCCAGGGCGCUGGAGCAGGACAGGGAAGCGGCGCUGGCCAGGGCGCUGGAGCAGGACAGGGAAGUGGUGCUGGAGCAGGACAGGGAAGCGGCUAUGGCCAGGGCGCUGGAGCAGGACAGGGAAGCGGCGCUGGAGCAGGACAGGGAAGCGGCUAUGGCCAGGGCGCUGGAGCAGGACAGGGAAGCGGCGCUGGAGCAGGACAGGGAAGCGGUUAUGGCCAGGGCGCUGGAGCAGGACAGGGAAGCGGUUAUGGCCAGGGUGCUGGAGCAGGACAGGGAAGCGGCGCUGGAGCAGGACAGGGAAGCGGCUAUGGCCAGGGCGCUGGAGCAGGACAGGGAAGCGGCGCUGGAGCAGGACAGGGAUGCGGCGCUGGAGCAGGACAGGGAAGCGGCGCUGGAGCAGGACAGGGAAGCGGAGCUGGACAGGGAAGCGGCUAUGGCCAGGGCGCUGGAGCAGGACAGGGAAGCGGCUAUGGCCAGGGCGCUGGAGCAGGACAGGGAAGCGGCGCUGGCCAGGGCGCUGGAGCAGGACAGGGAAGUGGCGCUGGAGCAGGACAGGGAAGCGGCUAUGGCCAGGGCGCUGGAGCAGGACAGGGAAGCGGCGCUGGCCAGGGCGCUGGAGCAGGACAGGGAAGCGGCUAUGGCCAGGGCGCUGGAGCAGGACAGGGAAGCGGCUAUGGCCAGGGCGCUGGAGCAGGACAGGGAAGCGGCGCUGGAGCAGGACAAGGAAGCGGCUAUGGCCAGGGCGCUGGAGCAGGAGCAGGACAGGGAAGUGGUCAAGGGAAGUGUCGGGGAUGUGGCAAAGGUCAAUGUCGCCUUUAGGGACAUGUUCAUGGGAAUUUUGCAUAAUACUUUCUGGGGGUCUUUUCCAAUGCUUUUGUUCAGAUGUCAUGUUUUCCCUGUUUGCUCAAACUGUUUAGAAAGAUUUUCUGACUCUCUCUACCACUACUAUCACCUCAAAUAAAUAAAAAAUUGCUUGAUUUGAA